CACGGAAAACGGAACGAAGAUUUUUGUUCCGCACGCGUUUGAGUCGGUUGUAUCGUCUGUCGUCGGGUGUUCAGCAGUAAAAUCGGUGAAUUAAUCACAGAAUUAUCGCGUUUUGCGUACUGAUUCGCACGAAAGCAGCAAAUUAACCGCCCCAAGAUGGUCGUCAAGCCGAAUAUGGUCGCCAAGAAGGUGCAGGGACAGGCGUACAAGGACAAAAGCAAACCGGCUGACAUCCGUCUGAGCAACAUCAAUGCUGCCAAAGCCGUUUCCGAUGCGAUCCGUACCAGCUUGGGCCCGCGUGGCAUGGACAAAAUGAUCCAAGCUUCGAACGGUGAGGUAACGAUCACAAACGAUGGAGCCACGAUUCUGAAACAGAUGAACGUCAUCCACCCGGCCGCCAAAAUGCUGGUCGAGCUGUCCCGCGCACAGGACGUGGAGGCCGGGGACGGCACCACCUCCGUGGUCGUUGUUGCCGGAGCGCUGCUGGAAGCGGUCGAAAAGUUGCUGCAGAUGGGCAUUCACCCGACCGCCAUCUCGGAAGCGUUCCAGCGCUGCUCGGCCAAGGCGGUGGAGAUCCUGACGGAAAUGUCCCGCCCGGUGGAGCUGAACGAUCGCGAAACGCUGAUCAAGAGCGCAUCGACGUCGCUGAACUCGAAGGUGGUGUCGCAGCACAGCAGCAUGCUGGCCCCGAUCGCGGUCGACGCCGUGCUGAAGGUGACGGAAUCGCACGAGCAGGGUUCGGUCGACCUGAAGAACAUCAAACUCAUCCGCAGCCUGGGCGGUACCAUCGAGGAUACGGAGCUGAUCGAUGGGCUCGUGUUCACGCAGCGCUCGUCCGGCAUCAAUGGGCCAAAGCGUCUGGAGAAGGCAAAGAUUGGGCUGAUUCAGUUCUGCAUCUCCGCGCCGAAGACCGAUAUGGAUCACAGCGUGAUUGUGUCCGACUACGCCGCGAUGGACCGUGUGCUGAAGGAGGAACGUGCCUACAUCCUGAACAUUGUGAAGCAGAUCAAGAAGUCGGGCUGCAAUGUGCUGCUGGUGCAAAAGUCCAUCCUGCGCGAUGCCGUGUCCGAUCUGGCCCAACACUUCCUGGACAAAAUCAAGGUGAUGGUGGUGAAGGACAUCGAGCGGGAGGAUGUUGAGUUUGUGUGCAAGACGCUGCGCUGCCGCCCGAUCGCUUCGCUGGACCAUUUCGUGGCGGAGAAUCUGGUGAACGCCGAUCUGGUCGAGGAGGUGGCCAGCGGAACGACCAAGUUCGUGAAGGUGACCGGCAUCCAGAACAUGGGCCAGACCGUGUCGAUUGUGGUGCGCGGUUCGAACAAGCUGGUGCUCGAGGAAGCGGACCGCUCGCUGCACGAUGCGCUGUGCGUCGUCCGUUGCUUGGUGAAGAAGCGUGCCCUUAUUGCGGGUGGCGGUGCGCCCGAGAUUGAGAUGGCCCUACAGCUGUCCGCGUACGCGCAAACGCUGCAGGGUGUUGAUGCGUACUGUUUCCGCGCGUUCGCCAAUGCGUUGGAAGUGAUCCCCUCGACGCUGGCGGAAAACGCCGGUCUGAACCCGAUCGCAACGGUCACGGAGCUGCGCAACCGUCACGCGCAGGGCGAGAAGAAUGCGGGGAUUAAUGUGCGCAAGGGUGCGAUUACGGACAUUCUGGCGGAGAACGUGGUGCAGCCGCUGCUCGUGUCCACCUCGUCGAUAACGUUCGCCUCCGAGACGGUGCGUUCGAUCUUGAAGAUUGACGACAUCGUAAACACCAUGCAGUAAGCAGCAGCAGCAGCAGCACAAUGCGUAUUUAUCUGUAAAACCAUCGCGCGACCGUGGAACAAUUCCGCCUCACUAACCAACGAAUGCGUUCAUUCUUUGCUUCACCCAAACACGCAUUUCGGUGCACACCUUCACCCUUAUUUUCACACGUCUGCUAAUGAAGCCUUGCGGAAUUAUUUCCACGUUUUCGGAUACGAUUCGAAGACAUUUAAAACACACACACACAUUAAUCGUUUGUUUGUAAUGUUCGUAUUCGCAUUUUCUCUUAAUAAACAAAACAAAACCUAAGUAA